UUUUCCCAGCGCGGGGUCCUUCCACCAGGCUGGCGCGUCGAGUGUGGAGUGUGGAGAGAGCGUCGCGCCAGGCGGUUUAAACAGGAGGGAAACACAAUAAAUUAACUUUGAAUAAAAUAAAACAUCGCACACCGGGAGCAGCAGACUCAGAGAGCGCUGCACCAUGGAGACCGAUCUGUAUGAUGAGUUCGGGAACUACAUCGGACCGGAGCUGGACUCGGACGAGGAGGAUGACCUGGACCGCGACGCCCGCGAUGCAGACGAGGAGGACGAGGAUGAUGAGGAGGAGCCAGCUGACCAGGAUGAGGAGCACCCUGGGAUGGAGGUGGUGCUCCACGAGGAUAAGAAGUACUACCCCACUGCGGAGGAGGUGUACGGGCCAGAGGUGGAGACCAUAGUCCAGGAGGAGGACACCCAGCCCCUCACAGAGCCCAUCAUCAAACCAGUCAAGACAAAGAAGUUCACACUGAUGGAGCAGGAGCUGCCCAGCACUGUCUACGACAUGGAGUUUCUGGCUGAUCUGAUGGACAGUCCGGAGCUGAUCAGGAACGUCACCCUCUGUGGACACCUGCACCACGGCAAGACGUGCUUCGUGGAUUGCCUAAUCGAGCAGACCCACCCAGAGAUCAGGAAGAGGGACGACCAGGAUCUCCGCUACACUGACAUCCUCUUCACAGAGCAGGAGAGGGGGGUUGGGAUCAAAAGCACCCCGGUGACCAUGGUGCUGCCGGACUCCAGAGACAAGUCCUACCUGUUCAACAUCAUGGACACACCAGGUCAUGUGAACUUCUCUGAUGAGGUGACCUCUGGGAUUAGGAUCUCCGAUGGCAUCGUGCUCUUUAUUGAUGCGGCCGAGGGGGUGAUGCUGAACACGGAGCGGCUGAUUAAGCAUGCUGUGCAGGAGCGUCUGGCCGUCACCAUCUGCAUCAACAAGAUCGACCGGCUCAUGGUGGAGCUGAAGCUGCCGCCCACUGAUGCCUACUACAAACUGCGGCACAUCGUGGACGAGGUCAACAGCCUGCUCAGCAUGUACUCCACGGAUGAGAACCUGAUCGUGUCUCCCUUGCUGGGGAACGUGUGCUUCUCCAGCUCCCAGUACAGCAUCUGCUUCACGCUGGGCUCUUUCGCCAAGAUCUACUCCGAUACCUACGGUGAUAUCAGCUACAAUGAAUUCGCUAAGAGGCUCUGGGGAGACAUCUACUUCAACCCCAAAACGAGAAAGUUCACCAAAAAGGCUCCAAACAGCAACUCCCAGCGCAGUUUCGUGGAGUUUGUCCUGGAGCCACUAUACAAGAUCCUGGCCCAGGUGGUGGGUGAUGUUGACACCUCCCUCCCUCGGGUGCUGGAUGAGCUGGGGAUCCACCUGACCAAGGAGGAGCUCAAACUGAACAUCCGCCCGCUGCUGCGCCUCGUCUGCAAGAAGUUCUUCGGGGAGUUCACAGGUUUUGUGGACAUGUGUGUGCAGCAUAUCCCUUCUCCACAAGAUGGCGCUAAAAACAAGAUUGAGCACUCGUACAAUGGGGGCCUGGACUCUGAUUUGGGGGAGGCCAUGGCAGAAUGCGACCCUGACGGUCCGCUGAUGUGCCACACCACUAAGAUGUACAGCACGGAGGACGGGGUGCAGUUCCAUGCCUUCGGGAGGGUGCUGAGCGGCACUAUCCACGCGGGACAGCCCGUCAAGGUGCUGGGGGAGAACUACACCCUGGAGGACGAGGAGGACUCGCAGAUCUGCACCAUCGGCCGCCUCUGGAUCUCCGUGGCCAGGUACCAGAUCGAAGUGAACAGGGUGCCCGCUGGCAACUGGGUGCUGAUAGAGGGGUGCGACCAGCCCAUCGUCAAGACUGCCACCAUCACAGAGCCGCGGGGCAACGAGGAGGCUCAGAUCUUUAGGCCCCUGAAGUUCAACACUGCCUCUGUGAUCAAGAUCGCUGUGGAGCCCGUCAACCCCUCCGAGCUGCCCAAGAUGCUGGACGGCCUGAGGAAGGUCAACAAGAGCUACCCCUCCCUCACCACCAAGGUGGAGGAGUCGGGGGAGCAUGUGAUCCUGGGCACUGGAGAGCUCUACCUGGAUUGUGUGAUGCACGACCUCCGCAAGAUGUACUCUGAGAUCGACAUCAAGGUGGCGGACCCUGUGGUGACGUUCUGCGAGACGGUGGUAGAGACGUCCUCCCUCAAGUGUUUCGCUGAGACCCCCAACAAGAAAAACAAGAUCACCAUGAUUGCAGAGCCUCUGGAGAAAGGGCUGGCUGAGGACAUCGAGAACGAAGUGGUCCAGAUCACAUGGAACAGGAAGAAGCUAGGAGAAUUCUUCCAGACGAAGUAUGACUGGGAUCUGCUAGCGGCUCGUUCGAUCUGGGCGUUCGGACCUGACACCACGGGUCCCAAUAUUCUGGUCGAUGACACGCUACCUUCAGAGGUGGACAAGGCCCUGCUGGGCUCCGUGAAGGACAGCAUCGUGCAGGGCUUCCAGUGGGGAACCAGAGAAGGGCCGCUGUGUGACGAGCCGAUCCGCAAUGUGAAGUUUAAGAUCCUGGACGCUGUGAUCGCUCAGGAGCCGCUGCACAGAGGAGGAGGGCAGGUCAUCCCCACAGCCCGCAGAGUGGUGUACUCCGCUUUCCUCAUGGCCACCCCUCGUCUGAUGGAGCCUUACUACUUUGUGGAGGUCCAGGCUCCGGCUGACUGUGUCUCUGCUGUCUACACCGUGCUGGCUCGCAGGAGAGGUCAUGUGACCCAGGACGCCCCCAUCCCUGGCUCCCCUCUCUACACCAUCAAGGCUUUCAUCCCGGCCAUCGAUUCGUUUGGUUUCGAGACAGACCUGCGGACUCACACCCAGGGACAGGCUUUCUCCCUGUCUGUAUUCCACCACUGGCAGAUUGUGCCGGGUGACCCCCUGGAUAAGAGCAUCGUGAUCCGUCCUCUGGAGCCCCAGCCGGCCCCUCACCUGGCCAGAGAAUUCAUGAUCAAGACCCGCCGACGCAAGGGUCUCAGCGAGGACGUCAGCAUCAGCAAGUUCUUCGAUGAUCCCAUGUUGUUGGAGCUGGCCAAGCAGGACGUGGUGCUCAACUAUCCCAUGUAGCCGGGGAGCUAGGGAGCCGCUUCACUGGAGGGAGGGGUCUGCUAACUGAAGCAUUCAGACCAAGAACAGCCGAAUCCUGGAAUACCUCGUCACCUGGGCACAAGACACCCUGCAGCUAUUGGGCUGUAUUUUCACAGUCUUGAUCCCGUUGACUCCGAUGUUAAUAAGCCUUCAACAUUAAGGCCACCCCACUAUUUUUUAUUUUUUUAAGUUCUUGAAACAAGAUCCCAUUACAUGAUUCGGAGGUGUAGUACUGGCCGACAUCCACCAGGUGGUGCAUAGACAAAAAGAAGCUCUCUUUGAACACAGCUUAAUCCGAUCUCAGCUGCAUGGUGUUUCAUCCCAGAGAUUUCAGCUGUCGCACUGCUGAGAACUCGCUGCGCUCCGCAUGUUUCCUUCCUUGUGCUCUUCCCAGUUUCAGGAGCAGCUGUGAAGGAAGUCUCCUGGUUUUAUAAACCUGAACUUAAUGGAACACGCUGCACAGGAGCAGAUCUUCAUAAAGAUCCUAUACUUGGUGCACAGAAACAGAACUGACAAGGAAACCUAAAUAUGCUACCACAAGACGUAUGGAGAGUCUGAUUGGCCAAAAAAGGACUCCUAUAAAACUGAUCUGAAUAACAGUUCUGUUUUUAACACAUUCGUUCCGAGGUUUGUAUCUGAAAGUGCGACUUGUAAAAUGUUUAACCCUUGCUUGCAAAAUGAGUAAUUUGCCAGAGGAUAAAGCGAUAGCAAUCAAAAACCGCUCCCAAGCAGGAAGCCAGCUCUUUAAUUUGUAGAAUAUCAUGUAGCUGCUGAAUGUCUGACUCGGUACAUGGACUUCAGAUGUGCUUAAUUAACCCUUUAAGGUUCUUGUUUUUGCAAAGAGGUGCACGAAACAGGGUUUAAAAUGGACUGACAGUUUGGAUCUGAAUCCAAACUGGAUCCGGUCGUCCUUGUUCCGUUGCUUGUGUGCCUUCAGGGGUUAAUAAUUUGCUUUCUUUCAGUAUUUCUUGCCAUUGAGUUGGUCGACACGUUUCUAGAUUUAGCACCCUCGUUGCCCUGGGCGUGGGGCAGUGCGUGCGGGUCCCAGCGGCAGUGAGACUGCACAGCUCUGCUCCUCUCCAAGGAAGUCUUGCAGCAGGAGCGUUGCUGUGGGCUGAGUGCUGCGAGCACAGCUGGGAACAUCUGUCAGGAGCAGAGCUGGGAACCGUCUCCCUGCCUGCCGUGAGACAGGAGGAGGAGGAGGGACAUGACCUCAUUGUUCUGUGUCACCCUGUGUAUCACUGAUCAUCCACACUGCAAACACGACCACACGCAUUUGUAGCCAUCCGUUCAAAGACCUUCCCAUAGACAUGUUUAUCAUUCACAGUUCAUAACUCUUAGGCAGCAUUUUAUUAAAUUUUUGGGGAUUACUUUUCAGUAAAGUAGCAAAAGCAAUUCAUCAAAA